AUGGAGGCAAACGCACAAGAGCUGGUGCUCAUCACGGGUGCUACCGGCCACGUCGGGUCGACAACCUUGGCCCACCUCAUCCGGGCUGGUUACAACGUCCGCGCCGUGGUGCGCUCCGAGGCCAAGUCUGCACAGCUGCUGGCCAGGCCGUCGAUCCAAAAGGCCAUCAAGCACAGCCGCAGGGUGAGCAACAGGUACCGCAGCCAGCUCACCACCACCACCAGCACCAGCCAGCUCUCCUUCGUCGUCGUGCCCGACAUCACGGCCCCGGGCGCCUACGACGAUGCAGUGGUCGGCGCCACGCUCGUCGUCCACAUCGCCAGCCCCCUCGUCACCGCCGACACGGUCCCACUCUCCAAGCACGAGGAGUACUUCCUCAGGCCGGCCGUGCGCGGCACGCUCGGACUGCUCGAGGCCGCCCGGGCCGCGGGGACCGUGAGGCGCGUGGUCGUCACAUCGUCCAUCGUCUCGCUCGUCCCCGUCGACAGGAUGGAGGGCAACCUGAGCCCCGAGGAGGCGCGGUCCCUGCCGCCCGUCCAGCCGACCGACAGGGUGCGGGACUCAGACGGGCCCUACACGUCCGAGUUCGCCGCCUACCACGGGUCCAAGGUGGCCUCGCUGGCGCACGCCGAGGAGUGGGUGGCGCGGGAGCGGCCGGGCUUCGACGUCGUCUACCUGCACCCGAGCUUCGUGCUGGGGCACAACGACGCGGCGACCACGCCGGCGCAGGCCCUCAAGGGCACCAACGCCGUCGUGCUGGCCAUGCUGCUGGGCCAGAGCUUCGGUCCGUACGCCGGCGCCACCGUCCACGUCGAGGACGUCGCGCGGGCGCACGUCGCCGCCCUGGCCGUCGACCGGGUCCCCGGCAACCAGAGCUACAUCUUGUCCGGCCCGAGGCCGACGACGUGGAACGACGCCAAGGAGAUCGUCCAGCGGAGGUUCCCCGAGGCCAUCAAGAGCAGGAUGCUUGUCACGAGGGGCAGCGUCGGCACCACGUACCUACCUUUCGACGUCUCCUUGACCGAAGAGACGUUUGGCUUUGAGUUCACCUCGUUCGAGGAGCAGGUGGUCAGCACAGUCGGACAGUUUAUCGAGUUGAGAAUGCAACAAAAGGCCGCCGCUUCGAGGAAAAGCGCAGCGGUCCGGGCGAGGGAGACUCUGCCAUCGGUUCGGGCAAACGCCUGA